GUUUCUCUGUGAAGAAACUUUCAACUGAAUCCAUCAGGUUUUUCUCAACAAAACAGCAGAAUCUCUGCCAAACCCUGAGUGUGGAUAUGUCUGCUGCCAGCUGUCUGCUGACUGAAGAUCAGUUUCUGUGCUCCAUCUGUCUGGAUGUGUUCACUGAUCCAGUCAGCACACCAUGUGGACACAACUUCUGUAAAACCUGCAUCACUGAACACUGGAAUAUUAAUGUCCCGUAUCAGUGUCCCAACUGUAAAAAGGUUUUCUACUCAAAACCUGAGCUGCAGGUCAACACUUUCAUCUCUGAGAUGGCUGCUCAGUUCAGACAGUCAGCUCAACAGAAAGCCAGCAGCAGCAGCUCAGAGCAACAAGCUGCCAAACCAGGAGAAGUUCCCUGUGACGUCUGCACUGGAACCAAAGUGAAGGCCCUGAAGUCCUGCCUGGUGUGUCUGGCCUCCUACUGUGAGACUCACCUGGAGCCUCAUCUGACAGCUUCACGCCUGAAAAGACAUCAGCUGAUCGACCCUGUGGAGAACCUGGAAGGCAGGAUGUGUACGAAGCACGAUAAACUGCUGGAGCUGUUCUGUAAGACCGACCAGAUGUGUGUCUGCAUGCUCUGCACUGUUUUAGACCACAAGACACAUGAUGUU